UUUGGAGCUAUCAACGGUUUUACAAGUGAAAUAUAUGAAUUAUUGCACAAAACUAAUGUCAAGCAACCAUUUCGCAUUACAAAUAAAUGCAAUAUAAACACACAAAUGCAAUCAACUGUAACUCAGCAGAAUGUCUUUACUUUACUCGUGUCAAAGUUUCAAUCAAGGCCUAAUAAUAGCUCAGUUUAUGGUAUCACAGCAAACAAAGCUAUCAGAAAGAUGACACAGCAUACGAUCGAUCAAUAUUGCAUUCACGAUUAUCUUCAAAAUAUCGAACAUUGGUCAUCACAAGAAAUCGAAAAUGAGGCAGUUUUGAUUGAAGUAUUUGAGUUUGCUUAUCUAGACAAUGAUUAUAAGGUGACUAUUCACGCAUCUUCUAAUUAUUAUGGACAAGCGGUUUUCUCAAAUGUUUGUGUUGAAAUGGAUAAAUCUGAACAGGAUAACUAUUUAACAGAUAAUGGUUUAUGUUAUGCAAAGAUUCUUCUUAUUGUUCGGAUUACCUCGCCAAAACUAAAUCAGAAGCUUGAGCUUGCUCUCGUUCACUGGUAUGACUUUGCCUAUCCAUCUGAUAUACAUCGUCAUUAUUUUUAUAA